CUGAGCGGAAUUCCACCUAGGAGCCAUCUUUGCUGUUGUCUCGUUUCCACCAUGGGGGAGUGGAGGUCUUCUUCACCUGCACCUCACUUAGAUCUAAACAAUUUUGACUCCGCAGCUGCUGACAAAAGCAGGUAUGUUUUAACCAGUCCCCGCUCCUUGGAGUCCUGUGCACGGCUGGGCAUCAAACCUGUUGAUCUACUCCUGAAAUCCCUGAACAAUUUACUGUCUGAGCAGCGCGGCAUGCCUUUGGAGGCAGUGAAAGUGAUGCAUGAAUCGUACGAAAAUGAGAGAAGCAAGUUGUUGCAAAUGUGCCGGGAUGAGAGGGAGAGGAUUAUCCAGCAGGCUGCCAGGUGGCCGAGCGCUAAGAAAGUCCCGAGGCCGGGAAAGCGACAUGACACCAAGCUGAAGCAGGAACCUGCUGUGGACGAUAUUCCAUAUGCAGACCUGUGUUUGAAGGAGAAACGUGUGAGCAAGACAUCCUGCUCUGCUGCAGAAAGGAGCACCGUCUGCAGCUUAGGAGACCUCAAACCCUCCCCUGCUAUCGAUGUCAAGCUGCGGAAGCUAACUGAAGAAAUCAAAAGGGAGAUGUGUGUCCCGAUAUCACAGACAGACCGCAAGAUCGCUGCUCUCAUGUUGUUGAGGCACCAGCUGGAGGAGGACCGCUUGAGUAAUAUGCAGCAGGAGGAAGAGGAGCGAGACGAGGCCCGCAGUCAGGAGGAGGCCCAGAGGGUGCAGGCUGAGAAAAGGAGGAGGAAAAAGCUGAUGCAAAGCAUGCAACGCUGGCAUGAGGAGCUGGAAGCCCGCAGGAGGCAGAGAUUGCACCGGGAAGAAGAAAGAGCAGGGCAACUCAAGCAGGAGGUGAUGCUGCAGGAGGAGCGCUGGAGGAGGCUGAAGGAGCAGGUGGAGGCUCAACGUAGAGGAAAGACGGCAGCUGCACAGAGGGAGGCGGAGGGGAGGAGAUGCUACCAAGAGAGACUGCUGAGAAACAUCAAGGAGGUGGAGAACAGGCAGCGAGAGAGGGAGGAACAGGUGGAAAUGGAGAGGGAGCAGAAAGCAAGGAGGAGUAAACUCCUGCUGGAGAGGAAGGAGAAGAAGCGUCUGCAGGAAAAGAAUAGCAGGGAGCUGCUGCACCACCUCCUCCUUAAACAACAAGUGGCGCAUCGGGUGGAGGAAGGCAAGUCACGUUUGAAAGAUGCGCUGGAGAGGAAGAUGCAGCGCUCUUGUGAGAAGUACGGCCGACACCUGGAGGCCAGGCUGAAGGAGCUGCGGGAGCGAGCGGCCCAGGAGGAGAAGCGGCUCCAGAGAGCCCGACUGAGGGCCAAGCUGCAGAGCAUCCAGCAGCUCACACACAAGCACCUCCUGUUCAAGCUGAGUCAGCAACGCACGCUGAGGGCCACAGAGCACGCGUCUGGCCAACACAGGAGGAGAGCCCAGCAGACGCAUCAGCACAACACAGACAGACAGCUCCGCCAUCAGAGGCUCAGAGAGAACGUGCAGCGAGAGGAGGAGGUGGUGAGGAGGGUCAGGGAGGGAAGCAUCGCCGUGAAGGAAUGGAGGCGCGAGAGGCUACGCGAAGAGCGAGAGCACAUCCAGCAAGAGGCGCAAAAGCUGGCGCUGGCAUCUUUUAACUUGAGGGAGCGGGUGAGACAGCAAACGCAAAGUCGCUCUUUUGCUCACAUGGCUCAAGAAGCUCUGCUGGCCGCCUCCAUUAGUCGCUUGAACCUCUGAAACAACAAGCAAGGUCCAUAAAAAACCUUUAUAUUUACACUUCCUUGACCUCUGACCUCACAAAUGUUCUUGUUUGGAUCCGUAUGAAUCAUUAAUGCUUUUGAAUACACACAUGCUGACACUGUGACAACCAACACCAUCAAGAACAGUGUUUUUCAACCCCUGUGCCGUGAUAUAGUCUGGUGUGCCGUGGGAGAUUAUCUAACUUUACCUAUUUGGGUUAUAAAUAUUUGUUGCAAAUCAGAAAUUAUAGUCUGCAAAUUAUGUGUUGUUGUUGAGUGUCUGCUGUCUAGAGCUCGGCAGAGUAACCGUGUAUAACUCUUCCAUAUCAGCAGGUGGCAGCCAGUAGCUAAUUGCUUUGUAGGUGUCAGAAAUAGCAAUGGCAUCCUGCAGGUAAAAAGGUGUCGACUGCUUUCACCAAAAAUCAACAAAAGGUGAGUGCCCGUAAGAAAAGGCAUUGAAGCUUAGAGAAGGCUAUGCAGAACAAAACUAAAACUGAACUGGGUACAAAGUGGAGCCUAUCUUAGCUGCACAUAAAAGUUAUUCAUUUUUCAAAUGGCAUAAAACCUUUAUUUGCUCAAAUCUUUCAAUCAACUUUUGCCUUAAAUAAAAAUACCAAACAUGUAAUGUUUUUUGUAAUGUUCUGUGAAAGAAAGAGGACAUUAAAAUUUAACAGAAAUAUCCUGAAUAAUGGAGCAAAUAAAAAUGAAAAUUGUGACCAUAACAGCAAAAAUUUACUGAAAGUACAAAAUUCAGCCUCUGUCCUAUGCAAGUUAAGAAGCAUGAAAUUAUGUAUUUGUCAACAUUAAUUCUGCUAGCAUCAAGUUAACAGUGUAACACUACUUAGCUAGCUAAUACAGUAAUCUAAAGCACAGGUUUCAAACUUUGCUAUGUAGGUUUUGAGUACUGUACAUGUCUAUAUUUUUCAGUUCAACAUUUCUAAAAUAUUUUUUUCUUCCGUUACUCAUUAGUAAUAAUCACAAUGUCUGGGAUACUGAAUUUCGGAUUUUAGUUGGGGUUUUUUUCAGUUAUAAUUAUCAAUAUUGAAAUAAAAAUUUGAAAUAUAUGAGUAUGAGAGUAAUGAAUGUGUAUAUAAUAUGCAAGUUUCACUUUUGAAAUGAAGUUACUGAAAUAAAUAAACUU